UACGAGCAGCUGCAGAGCACGGCCGGGCGCCACGGGGACAACCUCCGGAACACCAAGAUGGAGAUCCAGGAGCUGACCAGGAACAUCCAGAGGCUGCGGGCGGACAUUGAGAACGUGAAGAAGCAGAACCAGCAGCUCCAGUCGGCCAUCGCCGAGGCCGAGGAGAGGGGCGAGAUGGCCCUCAAGGACGCCCGGAUAAAGCUGGAGGAGCUGGAGGCAGCCCUGAGCAAGGACAAGGAGGAGCUGGCCCGGCUGCUGAAGGAGUACCAGGAGCUGCUGAACGUCAAGAUCGCGCUGGACGUGGAGAUCGCCAUGUACAGGAAGCUGCUGGAGGGGGAGGAGAACAG